AUGAUGAACAAGAGAAGCCUUGUGCCUGUAGUCAGAGAUUUUCCAGAAACUUGUGGUGUCCGUGUCUUCCCAGAUUCCGGUGAUAUUUGGAAGCAAGCCAAGUUUAAGAGGAGAAGUAUAGGUGCACAUAGAGACUUCCCAGAGUUCUUCAAGUUCAAUGAUGAAUCAUCAAAUCAUUCGCAAACCGGAAUCCAAGAACCAGAACCGGUUCUUGAAUCUAAUGAAGGUGUUAAAGAUUAUCAAGAGAAGGAAGAAGUUGUAGGAGAAAGCGAAGAUAAGUUAAAGCAGAGUCUUGAAUGCUCUGUUAACUCAACCGUUGAAGCUCAGGGAGAUGAUGUUGUGAACACGGCGAAGAGGGUUAUUGUUUGUGGACUCGCGGCUACGUCGAAAUGUCCUUGGAGGCAACCGAAGAAGCGAGGAGGCUCGAGAAAGGUGAAUGAUUUGAGAUGA